AUGCAGGCUUGGAAGCCUCGGUGGAGAAGCCUGGGACAGCCUCAGGUGCCUGCUGAGUAUGUGAUCCUUAGGGACAGCCUCCCGUUCUAUGAAGACCUUGGCCCUCGGGGAUCUGGGGAAGGAGCUGACUCUGAGAAGGCCAUGAGCCGGGGUACAGGAAAGCCGCUCCUGUCCCAGACCCUGGAGGACUUCAGCAUCCGCACACUGUACGAUAAGCUCGAGGACCAGAACCUGCAUGUUGCGUCCCAGCUGAGCAAGCACAGGAGUGAUGCCCUGGCCUUCUACAGGGCCACUGCGCAGCAGCUCCAGGGACUCCAGGACUUUCUGCAGGGCCUCAGCAGGACUGAGCAGCAAGCUCUAGGCAGGGGUGGAGACCCUGAAACAGAUCCCAAAGCCACUGCCAGAGAAGACACUGGGCAGAGCCAGGAACCAUGGGACAGCCACACUGCAGCUUCUCAAAGGCAGUGCCAGCAGCCUCCUCCAGGCCGCAGUCCCAGCGCCACUACCCUGGGCUUUCAGCUGGAGCUUGACCAAGCCAUCGCAGCCCUGGCAUCGGCACUUCCUCAGGCACAGGGACGGUCAGCCAGAGCCAGCAGAAAGGUGAAAGGCUGCCAGGGGGCACCUGAGCACACUUGUGCCUCCGGUCAGCUUGGUGAACAGCCUCCCUCCAGCUGCCAGCGGGAUGUGCUCCUGACGGCCCAGCCUGCACCCUCCGAUGAGGAGCACCAAAGCACAAGACCCCAGCAGAACCCUGGACCCCCAGACCUCCCCCAGGGGGAUGCUAAAGGAAGAGAUGCCGAGAGCCCAGGACCUGGGGAGUGGAUCUUUGAGGCUGGACACAGGCAUGGAGCCACUCCUGAGCUGCAGAGAAAGAUGAGGCAGGUGGAAGACACUUUGGAUGCACUGAAUGAGGAGUUCUUCCAGCUCAGCGUUCAAGCCCUGGAGCUCCAGAAAGAGGAGGACAGGCCAAACCCACUGCCUCCAGGUGAAGGUGGCAUGCUUGUGGUGGCUCCCAGCAUCUUCCCUUGUGAGAGGCAGGAAGAAAGACCUAACCCACUGGAGGCAGGUGGCCCAGGUGGGGAGAAGCUGGGAAUCUGGGCCCUGAAGAGUGACAAGGCUCUAGAGCUGGAAAUGAGGAGAGUCCACCUGGCCCAGAGGAUUGAGGACCUGGAGUGGGAGCUGUCCCUGCUCCUCCAAGUGGCUUCUGGCAGCUCAAAACUAAUCCCUCGUGGCUCAGUGCUUAAGGUAACGGCCAGUUGCGAUACACAGCCAGCUGCAGCCAGCUGCACUGAUAAGUCGGUGGUUGACAUCGUGCAUCCCAACUCUAAGUACCAGAACGUUUGGCAGUAG